GUUUGACCAACUUCACUAAAUAUACAUUGUUCAUUCUCAUUUUGUUCGUUAUUAUUAUUACUCCCUCUAACCGGAAAUUAUUGUCCAGUAUGAAUUUUUGAUACGAAUCUAAACUGGACAAUAAUUUCGGAACCCAUAGAGUAUUUUUUUCGUUUUUUGGUUGAGUCGUUUUCAUGUUCAAAUUUACCUUCUCCAGAAUCUCACCAUUAAAGUAAGCACAGACACAAUCAAGCAGAAAAUGAAAGGUUUUCCUAUCAAAUUCCCCCCAUUAACAAUUUUGCAUGGCCUAGCUUCAAUUUUAUGAAAAGCAGCCAAUUGCAUUGGAGAAGGUGGGCUCAGAAGCACCCACAACUAUACACGUGUGACUCCCAAAGAACACUCCAUUUGGCUAUUUAACAUCAAGGUGGUUUCUUUCUCUUCUGCUUAGAUUCAAUCAAAAGGGAGUUAUAAAAUCGCCUUCAAUAUCGGGAGACAUUUGUUAUUCACUUUUAGAGCUUAUUUCACCGCCCAAAUCCUCCUCCCAUCUCCAUCUCCUAACAACACUAAAUUCUUCUCCAAAUUAGCUAGUUAAUUACUAGAAUAAGAAGAAAGAGGAACCCGGAAUCUCUUGAUCUAGCAAAGGAAAAGAAGGAAAACAAAAAUUACCAGAAGAAGCAAAGAUGUUUAUUGAGAGCUUUAAGGUCGAUAGUCCCAAUGUGAAGUACAGUGAGAGUGAGAUUCACUCUGUGUAUAACUAUGAAACUACCGAACUUGUUCACGAGAACAGAGAUGGUAAAUACCAAUGGAUUGUGAAGCCGAAGACUGUUCAAUACGAAUUCAAGACCGAUGCUCGUGUUCCCAAAUUAGGGGUUAUGCUUGUUGGUUGGGGAGGGAACAACGGAUCAACUCUGACUGGAGGUGUUAUUGCAAACAGAGAGGGAAUAUCUUGGGCAACUAAAGACAAGGUUCAACAAGCAAAUUACUUUGGUUCUCUGACUCAGGCAUCAACCAUAAGGGUUGGUUCUUUCAAUGGAGAAGAGAUUUAUGCACCCUUCAAGAGCCUUCUUCCCAUGGUCAACCCAGAUGACAUUGUCUUUGGAGGAUGGGACAUAAGUAACAUGAAUCUUGCUGAUGCCAUGUCCAGGGCCAAGGUCUUGGAUAUUGAUCUCCAGAAACAGUUGAGGCCUUACAUGGAGUCCAUGGUACCGCUGCCUGGUAUCUAUGACCCUGAUUUCAUUGCUGCGAACCAAGGGUCCCGAGCAAAUAAUGUGAUCAAAGGAACCAAGAAAGAACAAGUUGAACAAGUUAUUAGGGAUAUAAGGGAGUUUAAGGAGAAGAGCAAGGUGGACAAAGUGGUUGUCCUGUGGACUGCAAACACAGAGAGAUACAGCAAUGUUGUUGUAGGGCUUAAUGACACUAUGGAAAACCUGUUGGCUUCAGUUGACAAAAAUGAAGCUGAGAUUUCUCCGUCCACUUUGUAUGCCAUUGCUUGUGUUCUUGAAGAUGUGCCUUUCAUUAAUGGAAGCCCACAGAACACUUUUGUACCAGGUCUGAUUGAUUUGGCUAUCAAGAGGAACUGCUUGAUUGGUGGAGAUGAUUUCAAGAGUGGUCAGACAAAGAUGAAAUCAGUGCUAGUUGAUUUCCUUGUUGGAGCUGGUAUCAAGCCAACCUCAAUUGUGAGUUACAACCAUUUAGGAAACAAUGAUGGCAUGAAUCUUUCAGCACCUCAGACAUUCAGAUCCAAAGAGAUCUCCAAAAGCAAUGUGGUGGAUGACAUGGUGGCCAGCAAUGCUAUCCUUUAUGAGCCUGGCGAGCACCCUGACCAUGUUGUUGUCAUCAAGUAUGUGCCUUAUGUUGGGGAUAGCAAGAGAGCUAUGGAUGAAUACACAUCAGAAAUAUUCAUGGGUGGAAAGAGCACUAUUGUGCUGCACAACACAUGUGAAGAUUCUCUUUUGGCAGCUCCAAUCAUCUUGGAUUUGGUCCUCCUAGCUGAGCUCAGCUCUCGCAUCCAGCUAAAAGCUGAAGGAGAGGUGAAUUGAACUUUCUACCACGUUCAAAAUCAUCAGCAGCCCAUCAUUUCUUACUCUUUAACCUGUGUUGGUACCGAUUGCGAAUAACAUAGCUGUUUUUGUUGUAUAAUGCAGGGGAAGUUCCACUCGUUCCACCCCGUGGCCACAAUUCUUAGCUACCUCACCAAGGCUCCCCUUGUAAGUUAUUUUGCCGGCCCCUUUUUAUAACUCUGAAACUCACCAAAAGCAGCCUAGCUCUGCAACUAUUUUAAAACACGACUCUUUUGUGGUAGUUCUACCUAAUAAUGGGGUGGUUGAUAUGUUGAACAAAAAACAGGUACCACCAGGGACACCAGUGGUGAAUGCGCUAUCAAAGCAGAGGGCGAUGCUGGAGAACAUAAUGAGGGCUUGUGUUGGACUUGCACCAGAGAAUAACAUGAUUUUGGAAUACAAGUGAAAGAUGCGAGGAAUGCAAAAGAGAAGGAUAAUUCCUAUUUCUGUUUCGAUUUCAUUUGUCUACUCCGUAAUUUGUUAUUUAGUUUCUUUUGUUUUCUCGGUGCCUAAUAUUUGAUGAAACAAUGUAUCCACUUCUUGCGAAGAUGUGAUGUAUUUAAGCAUAUUGUGUGAAUGAUUAACUUGUUAUUGAUGGUCAUCGGAUUUGUCUCCCUUAUUUCAAAGCUUAAAUUCUUCCUCUCUUGAUGUAAAUUUAAGAAAAUAGUUGCUCUUCAAUAGUUUUUUGAGGCGCAAUACAGCAUAUGUAAUUAGAUGUUAUGUGGUUGGAAGUUCUAAUCACGACCGUUUAAAAACCUCAAAAGUAAAGUUUCUAUCAGGAGUUUCAUUAGGGUAAAAUCAGCAAGUGAGACUGCUGAAUUGAAGCGAACCCUUUUCAAUUCAGAGCAUCUGCAUUGCAUUGCAAAUCAACAUGAAUGAUCUGGUAUUCUUGGGAUGUUGUUAUCUGGGCAUGCUGAAACGCCUUUGGAAGUAAAACUCUUCUACCAAUCAUGUAAGGAGACAGUGCAUAGAUCUUGCAUACUGACUAAGCAUCAGGAAAAGGAACACCUAGUUGUCACUGCUUCAUUCUGAAGUGGUGGCAGUGGAUCCAUAAAGGGGGUCCUAUCGAGCAGAUGGUCCAUUUCCUUCUUCAAUGAGGCACUGAUAGCCUGAGAAAGUAGACAGCAAUUUCUGCCAGAAUCAGAAGAGGAAUCUGUAAUAUAACACAAUCUUCUGAUAUAAGACCUUUUGGAUAAUUCAUCAAGU